CGCAGCGCCAACGCCAAGUUUGCGCCCCGGGAGCUUGGGCGCGUCGCGGCCCCCCGGCCUGGUCGCUCCGUGCCCGCGAGGGAGGCGGCCGCGCGUGCUUGGGGCAGCCGUCCACGAGCACUCGGUCUGGAGGCCCGCGAGCGGGGUGGCGCGGGCUGGGGCCGGGGCAGCCGCCUCCCGAAGAUGCAGGAUGGCAGCAGAGCCGCCGUCCAGCCUCUCCUACCGCACCACGGGCUCCACCUGCCUGCACCCGCUCAGCGAGCUCCUGGGCAUCCCGCUGGACCAGGUGAAUUUUGUGGCAUGCCAGGUCUUUGCUCUGUUUGCUGCAUUGUGGUUUCGCAUCUACUUAAGUCCUGGUAAAACCAGUCCCAAUGUCCGGCACGCAUUUGUCACCAUUUUUGGCAUCUAUUUUGUCAUCUUUUGCUUUGGCUGGUACUCCAUACACCUUUUUGUGCUGGUGUUAAUGUGCUAUGGGAUCAUGGUCACCGCAAACGUAUCCAGUAUUCACAGAUACUCCUUUUUUGUAGCAAUGGGAUACCUUACAAUAUGCCACAUCAGCCGCAUAUACAUCUUCCACUAUGGAAUCCUCACUACGGAUUUCUCUGGGCCUCUGAUGAUUGUCACACAGAAGAUCACAACCUUGGCAUUCCAAGUUCAUGAUGGAUUAGGUCGAAGAGCUGAAGACCUCUCUGCUGAGCAACAUCGACUUGCUGUGAAAGUAAAACCCUCUUUUUUGGAAUACUUAAGCUACCUUCUCAACUUCAUGAGUGUCAUAGCUGGCCCUUGCAACAAUUUCAAGGAUUAUAUAGCCUUUAUUGAGGGGAGACACAUACACACGAAGUUGCUGGAAGUGAACUGGAAGCAGAGAGGUUUCCACAGCCUACCAGAGCCUUCUCCCACUAGAGCUGUGAUACGCAAGCUGUGUAUGACCUUGGUGUCUCUCCUCCUGUUUUUGACGCUCACGAAGUCCUUCCCUGUCACCUGCCUGGUCGAUGACUGGUUUGUUCAUAAAGCAAACUUUCUGACUCGACUCUGCUACUUAUAUAUUGUCAUGCAAGCCUCAAAGCCCAAGUAUUACUUUGCCUGGACAUUAGCUGAUGCCGUGAAUAAUGCAGCUGGCUUUGGGUUCAGCGGAGUGGAUAAGAAUGGAAAUUUCUGUUGGGAUCUGCUUUCUAACCUAAACAUCUGGAAAAUUGAGACUGCCACAAGUUUCAAAAUGUACUUAGAAAACUGGAAUAUUCAGACAGCUACUUGGCUGAAGCGAGUAUGCUACGAACGGGUUCCAUGGUACCCCACGGUGCUAACCUUUGUCUUGUCUGCCUUGUGGCAUGGUGUCUAUCCUGGAUACUAUUUUACCUUCUUAACUGGAAUCCUCAUCACAGUAGCAUCCAGAACGGUGAGGAACAACUACAGAUGUUACUUCCUUUCCUCAAAAGCCCUCAAGGUUGUGUAUGAUGUGGUCACCUGGGCAGCCACUCAGCUGGCUGUCUCUUACACUGUCGCACCCUUUGUCAUGUUGGCAGUUGAGCCAACCAUCAGCUUAUACAAGUCCAUGUAUUUUUAUUUACACAUCAUAAGUCUCCUGAUAAUACUCUUUCUGCCAAUCAAACCACACGCUCAUAUCCAGAGGCAGCCUCAGACUCUGAACUCCGUUAAUAAGAAAAAAAAAGACUGAUACCUCCAAGGAAGCCGAGCAGGCCUCCCUGUUCGCUGAGACACAACACUGAAAUUAGGCCCAUUAACCGGACAACGGCCUCCAGGGGUUCAAGUGAAAGGAAUAAUCACACAUCUAUCACUGUAAAUCAAAAGCUAGAAAUGAUUAAGCUUAGUGAGGAAGGCAUGUUGAACGCCAAGAUAGGCUGAAAGGUAGGCCUCUUGCACCAAACAGCCAACUUGUGAAUAUAAACAAGUUUUUGAAGGAAAUGAAAAGUUCUUUUCUCGUGAACACAUGGAUGAUAAGAAAGCAAAAGUCUUAUUGCUGACAUGGAGAGUUUUAGUGGUCUGGAGAAAUCAAACCAGCCAUAACUUUCCCUUAAGCCAAAGCCUAAAUUCUGUGAAGUCACUGAGAGAGGUGAGGAAGCUGCAGAAGGAAAGUCUGAAGCCAGCAGAGGUUGGUUCAUGAGGUUUAAGGAAAGAAGCCUCCUCUGUAAAGUGCAAAGUGCAGCAGCAAGUGCUGAGAAGCUGCAGCAAGUUCUCCAGAAGAUUGAGCUGAGACCAUUAAUGAAGGUGUCUGCACUGAACAACAGAUUUUUCAAUGUAGAUGAAACAGCCUUCAGUUGGAACUAAGAUGCCAUCUAGGACUCUCAUAGCUACAGAGAAGUCAGUGCCUGCCUUCAAAACUUCAAAGCACAGGCUGAACCUCUUGUUAGGGGCUAAUACAGUUACUAAGUUGAAGCCAACACUCAUUCACCAUUCUGGAAAUCCUAAGGCCCUUAAGAAUGAUGCUAAAUCUACUCUGCCUGUGCUCUAUAAAUGGAACAACAAAGCCUGGAUGACAGCACAUGUUUACGACAUGAUUUCCUGAAUAUUUUAAGCUCACUGUUGAGACAGGAAAGGUGGAAAAGAAAGAAGGAAAGAAGAUUCUUUCAAAACAUUACUGUUCAAUGACAAUGUACCUGGUCACCCAAGAGCUCAGGUGGACAUGGACAAGGAGAUGAAUGUUGUCUUCAUGCCUGCUAAAACAAUAUCCAUUCUGCAGCCUAUGGCUCAAGGAGGUAAUUUAGGCUUUUAAGUCUUAUUAAGUAAUACAUUUCAUAAUGUAUAGCUGUUGUAGUUAGUGAUUCUUCUGAUGGAUCUGGGCAAAGUAAAUUGAAAACUUUUUGGAGUUCUGGAUCAAGAUGGUGACAUAGGAAGACUCUGAGCCCACCUCCUCCAUGGAUACACCAAAUCUACAUCUAUUUAUAGAGCAAUUCUCCUGAAGAGCUGAGGGGUGACUGAACUGCUUCUGUACAGCGAAAGAUAAGACCACAUCGAGAAUAGCAAAAGAGAUGGAGACAUGAUAAUGAAGGGAAUCCCUCUUCCUCAGUGUUGCAAACUGCAGUGGGGAGGAACCGUAUUGAGGGAUCUUAAGCAGAUUCAUUUGCAGUAGGGCAAGAAAAAAAGCUAUGGUUUAAAAGACCCCCUAGGAUAUAAAGGAACUGGCCCUAGACACUGCCAAAUGACUGGGGAGCUGCUGGAACUUUCUCAGGGUUGCAUUGGCUGGUGAGUACCAUGGUUUGUAUUUUCCUUCCUUCUUGACAGCACAGAUGGGAACAGGGUUCUGGCAUGAUAGCUGGCCUGCCACCUCAGAAAGCCCUGGGCCCCUAGUCCAUACCAGCCCCGGAUGCUCUGGGCCACAGGAAAAAAGCCAUAGCUUGAAGGAUCGAUUGGAAUACAAAGGAGCUAGCCUUAGAAUAUUGCCAAAUGGCAGGGAACUGCUGAUGGAAAUCUUUAGGUCACAGAGGCUUAUGAGCACCCUGGUUACUGUUCCUCCACCACCAUGAUAGCAUGGGUAGGAGCAGGGUUCUGGGCACCCUAGCCAGCCUACCUCUUCAGUGAGCCCCAGGCACCUAGCCCACACCAGUUCCAGCCAUCCCACUAAGGUGGCCCCAGCAUGGCACACACCAUGACACCCCUAGUCUGCACUCACUACAGCCUUAGCUUUCUUAUCAAGAUGGCACAGGCACAAAGCACCUCAGAACAAUCCAGGCCUAUCUGAGAAAAAGAAAACCUACAACCAAGAAUACCUUGCCUGGCAAGGUUAUCCUUCAGAAUUGAAGGAAAGAGAAUUUCUUAUGCAAACAAAAAUUAAAAAUGUUCAUCACCACUAAACUGGCCUACAAGAAAUGUUAAAGGUACUACUUU